AUGAAUAAAAAAGUUAAAAAGAAAGAAAGAGACAGUGGAAAAGAUGUUAGAAGUGAUAUUUCAGCAUUUUCCAUUCUAUCAGCAAUAAUUUUAGUAGGUAUAUCAAUAGCAGGAUAUGUGGUGUACAAGAGUGUAGUGCAUGUUCCGGAUAUGCCUGAUCUUGAUUUGAAUGUGUGGUGGGGGCAUAAUACUUCAGAACCUCAAGACACGUCGAUCAGGCCUUAUAAAAUUGUUUAUUCGGAUGCGAUGGAAUUAAAACUCAGAGGUCUUUUUGAAAUGUAUCGAAGAUCGAAAAAGAAAGACAGCUUAAAAGAUUCAGCUUGGACUUACGGUGUAAACAGCGAAGCUUUAGAAAAAUUCUUUUCCUACUGGAUUUUCAAAUACGACUUCCGACAACGACCCAAGUUCUUGAAUCAAUUUGACCAGUACAAGACCAAUAUACAAGGCUUAGACAUUCAUUAUCUUCAUAAAAAGCCAAAUGUGGAUAAGAAUUUGAAGGUUUUACCACUAUUAUUAUUGCAUGGCUGGCCGGGAUCUGUAAGAGAAUUUUACGAAGCUAUUCCAUUGUUAACCACACCAAGACCAGGAUACAAUUUUGUGUUUGAAGUUAUCGCUCCUAGUAUUCCUGGGUUUAUAUUUUCAGAAGCGCCAGCUCGCCCAGGACUAUCACCAUACCAAAUAGCAAUCUUAAUGAGGAAUCUUAUGCAUAGAAUUGGCCAUAAAUAUUAUUACAUACAAGGUGGUGAUUUUGGCCACGCAAUUGGAUCCAAUAUGGCCACUAUCUUCCAAUACGAAGUUCUUGGUUUCCAUACAAAUUUGCCAGUAAAUUUAGGAAAAAAUGCAGUCUGGACUUGGCUAUUAGGAUCUAUUUGGCCAUCUUAUGUAGCUGGAGAACAUACUAAUAAAUGGUAUCCUUUGGGGGCGAAAAUAAAAUUUUAUUUAGAAGAAUUCGGCUAUAUGCAUCUACAAUCUACUAAACCGGAUACUAUUGGAAUUGCACUCCAAGAUUCAGCAAUGGGUCUCGCAGCUUACAUGCUAGAUAAAUUAAUGGUCUUUACCGAUCCAGCGAAUAAGCUAUCCCCGGAAGGUGGUUUGGACAAGUAUUUCAGUUAUGACAAGCUGCUGGACAAUAUCAUGUUGUACUGGAUCAGUGGUAGUAUUACUACAGCUAUGAGGCUGUAUAAAGAGUGCAUUGUGGAUGCUGACGUGGAACAAACGUUGGCUCAGAUUCCAACAAAUGUUCCAACUUGGGGUCUGCGCUUCAAGCAUGAAUUAGCUCACAGUCCUGACUUUGUCUUAAAAUGGAAAUAUCCUAACCUAGUUGGGACCACGAAUUUCGAUUUUGGUGGACACUUCGCAGCUUUCGAAAGACCAGAAGAAUUCAGCAGUGAUGUUUUCAAAGCAGUCAAAGCAUUUUCAACCCUUUAA